AUGAUUGGAGAGAAGAGGUCCUGGUCUGCCAAGGUGCCUGAAGGGGGUGGUGCUAUUGCCAGCAAAGACUGGGGAUUCAAGAAAUUCAUCCGGAGACAUGUGCUUUUGGAUGGAGACAAUAGUCUUCUCCCUGAUGACCAGCUGACCCUCCUCUGUGAGGUGAGUGUGGUGCAGGAUUCCGUCACCAUUUCUGGCCAGAAUACCACGAAGAUGGUGAAGAUUCCUGAGUGCCAGCUGGCCGAUGAGUAGCUAGGUGGACUUUGGGAAAAUUCCUGGUUCACAGACUGCUGUUUUUGUGUUGCUGGCCAGGAAUUCCAGGCUCACAAAGCUAUCUUAGCAGCUCGUUCUCCAGUAUUUGGGGCCAUGUUUGCACAUGCAAUGGAGGAGAGCAAAAGGAAUCGGGGUGAAAUAAUCGACAUGGAGCCUGGAGUUUUUAAGAAGAUGAUGUGCUUCAUUUACACGGGGAAGGCUCCGAACCUGGACAAAACGGCUGGUUUGCUGGCAGCUGCUGACAAGUAUGCCCUGGAGCAUUUGAAGGUCCUGUGUGAGGAAGCCCUCAGCACACACCUCUCUGAGGAGAACGCUGCAGAAAUGCUCACCUUGGCUGACCUCCACAGCGCAGAUCAACUGAAAACUCAGGCAGGGGAUUUCAUCCACUCUCAUGCUGAGGGUGUCUUGGAGACCGAAGGGUGGCAGGCAAUGGUGGCGUCCCAUCCCCACUUGGUGGCUGAGAUGUACCCCUCUCUGGCUUCAGCACAGGGCGCCUGUCUGGGACCCCCACGCAAGCGCCGGAAGCCGACCUGA